GCCUCGUGUCAGGAGGCGGGCGAUCCUCCCGAGGCGUCGGACGCACUCAAACAGAUACUGAACGCCGCCUACACUAUAGAGGUUAACAUAAAGUCGUCGCAUAAUCUCAUACGAGUUAUUUGGGAGAAAAUGCGACAAAUGGUUCAAACCAUUUCGUGGAAACCCUAUCCCAUUGUGGACUCCGAUUGGAAGAAGUACGUGACCAACGAUGUACUCGACAGUCUCAGCGAAUCCCGACUCGCGAAGAGUAUUUGCCUUCAGUUUAGGGAUCGACUUAAACAUUCGCACGAGAACUUCAUCGCCUCUCUUAAAGAAUUAGAGGCCGUACACUCGGGACGAAUGCGACGGACGGACGACCGUCGAGAACAGGUCCGCAAGAAUCACGCGCCGGGUUUCGCGAAGUUUGCGUUGGAGUCGACUUCACUAAUCGAUGUCAUUAUUCACGGAAUGCCUCAAUUGGGA